AUGGCAUAUGAUAUUUAUGAAGAUGUUGACGACACAACUGUUCCUGCAGGUGAGGUAAAGUCAGAGAAACCGAAAAGUGACGAAAAACCGAUAGAAGAAGAAAAACCAAAAACUGAAGAUAAACCAAAACCAAAGUUUAGUUUGGAAACUAAACCAAGUCAACCUUCAUUAGCUGGUAUGGGUUGGCGUCAAAGACUUAUGGCAGCAGGCGGUUAUGUAAAGUAA